AAGAUAUCGUUGAAACUUUCAUUCGUCUAAUUGAGGCUCAAAGCAGACGUCAAGACUGGUUAUAGUCUUCGAUACAUCUAUAUAGCAGGAAUGGCGAUAAUUUUGGUUCUACUUCAAAUAUCGUUGUGUAUUACACUGGCGAUGGCACAACAGCCUGCAUCCACUAAUACUAACGAAAUCUGGCUUUAUUUACCGACAUUGGAUGAUCUUAUAAUAUACGUUCCGGGAAUCGGUGCCUACAAACUUCACACGAGAGAGGUUCCAUGGAACAAGGCUCGAACUACUUGCGAGGAGGAGGGCGGUCACUUGGUCAUCCUCAACUCCGUUUCCGAGGCGAAGAAAGAUUCUGAACUUUACAACAAAGCGGGAAGAGUUACCGGGUCAGCUUAUUUAUUUUUGGUCAGUGUUGGAUUUCAUCAGUUUUACGAAGAGGGCCAAUUUGUAACCAUCCAUGGUCAGACGUUGGCGAAGGCUGGCUUUAGCGAAUGGUUGGACAGAGAGCCUGACAGCUCUGACGCUGGUCAACAAUGCGGAUCCUUGGAAAGAACAGGUCGAUUGUGCGACCAUGGUUGCAGUGCUCCAUUGGCAUUCAAAUUUACGUGCAUCGUCCACCAGACUUUAGUUUCUCAAACAGGCGUCCCGGACAUGCAGAAUGAAAUCAAUGCAGUUCGACCAAAUCGAAUCAUCGGAGCUCUUUAUGGUAGAAUCAGUAUAACGAAGAAAGUGAAACAAUUUAUUGAAUUUUAG